AAACCCUAAACAAAAAGUCGUUGAUAUCUGCUCGAACGGCUAAAACCGAGAACAAGGAUUUGCAUUGAAGAAGAAGAAGAUGGCGAAGUCAAUGAGAUCAAAGAGGGAAAAGAGGCUGAGAGCCAUAAGGAGAGAGAUAGUUGCAACUGAGCCAACUGUCCUCAAGAAAGAAGCAGCUAAAUUGGCUGCCCAAGAAGCUGCCCUUGCUGCCCCUAAACUUGUUGUCAAGUCUCCCUUUACCUCCAUGUCUAUGGAUACUUCUGCCUCUACUUCUAACAACGACAAUAAAAUGGGUUUGAUUUCUCAAGAGUAUGGCAUGAUAGAGGAAGAAUGUAACAUAUAGAGUUCAGAUAAGAUGGUUGAAAUGAAGAUGUGUUAUCAAAGUGUUAGAUGAUUAGAGGAUAUCUACCAAAGUGCAGGCAAGUUCCUUAAAACAGUUUUAAGACCGUCUAUGUCAAUAUGAGAGUGAACACACAAUUUUUUUUUAAAGAAAACAGAACACACAAUCAUACUAUAUUUUUGCAUAUAAUGGAAAUAACAAGACUGUCUUGCCGAGCGCCCGUGUGUUGGUAAAGUUAGCUUCCUGAUAUUAUAGUGUCCUAUUUAUUUCCCGCGGAAAGAUUAAUAUAUGUGAGCGGGAUUUAACUGUCCAUUCCACUCCAGUGUUUUGUAUCUGCUGAUGCUGCUGAAAUGAAUGGGAACUCAGACAUCUUUUUUUUAGCCUCCCUUCAAUGUCUGACUUAUCAUCAUCUUGAUUUCCAGAUGUGGAGAUGGCUGAUGGCAGUCAAAGAACAAAAUUUUUAAAACCUCUUGGAAAGAAAAUGAAAAAGAA